AUGUCUGGUUUUGAUAUUGUUACUAUUAUUGAUAAAAAAGAUAAAACACUUCCUAAACCAUAUAUUAAUCAUUUUGGUUUUAAUAUAAAGUAUGCUGUAUCAUAUAUAUCACAUUAUGGUAAAACUUAUGCUAAUAAACUCAAUCAAAUUUUCAAUAAUAAGAGAUUAUUUGACACUUUAUCUACUAUAAAACAGAAUGAAACAUCUAAACUUAUAAAAAUUGAUAAUGUGAAUCCUAAAAAAUUAUUCCAUUUUACUAGACAGAGAAAAGCAAGAAUUAUACAAAUAGCUUAUCAAAAUUAUAAGAAUAGAUCUGAAUCAUUAGCAACCCAAGCUUGGAAUGCAAUAAAAAAUAAUGGUACUUCUGAUGAUGAAAAAUUUUUAGGUUUAACAAGAUGUGAAAUGAAAAUUCUCAGACUCAAGAACAAUUUAAUCAGUGGUGUACUAAAUGGAUUGAAUUAUAUAAAAACAAUUCUAUGA